AUGGGUUCUUACGACCCUCCCCCUCCCCUCCCCUGGCGCACCACCCCUCUCGUCGAAUCCCCCAUCCUCUCCCAAACCGCCGGCUGCCGCAUCUUCCUCAAGCUCGAAAACCUGCAGCCCGGCACCUCCUUCAAGUCCCGCGGCAUGGGCAACAUGAUCCUGUCCGCCAUCCGCGACGCUCCCGCCUCCCAACCCCUGCACUUCUUCUGCUCCUCGGGCGGCAACGCGGGCCUCGCCGCCGUCAGUGCGGCCAAGUCCCUGGGCUACCCCUGCACGGUCGUGAUGCCUGUCACGACCGAGGCAGCAAUGGUCACGAAGCUGCGCGCCGCGGGCGCCAGCGACGUCAUCAGCCAAGGGAAGAGCUGGCAGUUCGCCGAUGCGCAUAUGCGUGAAGUUGUCAUGGAGGAGGCCCGUCAGCAGGGGGUCCAGGCUGUUUAUCUUCCACCUUUCGACCACCCGCGUGUUUGGGAGGGCCAUGAGACGCUGGUGGAGGAGCUACGCCAGCAGUUUCCCGAGGGUGAGCGGCCAGAUGCGGUCGUGCUGUCCGUUGGUGGAGGCGGACUGUUCAUCGGUGUCAUGCAAGGGUUGGAGAAAGUUGGUUGGGGCAAGGAAUCGGGGACGCAGGUCAUUGCGGUUGAGACGAAGGGUGCAGAAAGUCUGAAUUACUCGCUGCAGCAGGGCCAGCUGAGUACCCUGCCGGGCAUCACGAGCCUGGCGACGAGCUUGGGGGCGGUGAGGGUCGCGCCACGGGCCUAUGAGCUGGCGACGCAGGAACAUGUAGAGAGCGUGGUGCUUAGUGACGCCGAGGCCUGCAUGGGUUGCUGGCGCUUUGCAGACUCGGAGCGGAUCCUCGUCGAGCCUUCAUGCGGUGUCAGCGUGGCGCUGGCCUACGAGCCCGAGAGGCUCAAGCAGUUGGUCAAGAACUUCGGGCCGGAGAGUAAGGUUGUCAUUGUGGUUUGCGGCGGUGCUCGCAUCGAUCUCGACACGCUGCAGAAGUACCGUGAGACCUAUGGGCCGGAGAUCGAACGCAUGGGGCUGGCGGAGCACGUCUUGUCCCCCAAGUGA